AUGGCCACAGCCCCCGCAGAAGAACAUACUUUCGUCUUAAACACAUUUGAUGAUCUUGUUAAUUUUACCAGCAACUUUUCCAAGGCUCUUUGUUCAGGUGACAUUGCGAGCAGCACUGCAGCACCAGAAAAUUCAAACUGGUACAAACACUACCAAUCUAAAUGUGCGGAGCCUACAACCAUUCAAACCACAUCAUCGGGAGGCGAUACAACUGUGAGUUCUGGGCACGAAAUAACGUCAGUUUCUUCAGAAGACAAAACUGAAUUAACCAGAGAUACAAAGACCAAUCUCUCAGAUGUCAGCGAUACCACUGUGAGUUCCGCAGACAAAAUGACAUCAGUUUCUGUCAAAUUUGGCACCACACAAGUCCACACUUCAUCAUUUGUGACAUCGUUGACAGUUUCACCCAAAGAAACAAAGACUAACCCUACAGUUGUCCCAUCUUCAAAACCCCAAACCAGAAUGCCUGACAAGAAAGAGAUUGGCAUAACAACGCUCUCCGCAUUACCAGAAAGCGCAACGAAUUCGAAAGAACACUUCACUUGCCAAUGCAGCGGAGUGGACGGAGUGGUGAUUGGUAUUAUCGCUGGCAUCGUAUCUGUGGUCUUCCUUGGUGGCGUGGCUGUCUUAUUUGCUUACCUAAAAAAGUUGCCACAACGUAUUCGAGCGAGUAUGGCAGGGUUCCAAAUGGAAUUAUAA